AUGAACGCUUUCCCUCGCCGUUGUCAGCGCGCAACUGUCGCCUUUGAGGAUGAAAACUCAGAUCUCAGACCACCUACAGCAGCAGCGACAACCAAAUAUCGACAAAAUUUAUUCAUAUCUAUCUAUCUAUCUAUCUAUCUAUCUAUCUAUCUAUCUAUCUAUCGUGCCAAUCUCAUACAAAUAUUUAGAAAACACUCGAUCGCAUCACUCGAUGGUGUAAUGAUCUCGCUCUCCCAAUUUUUAUUUAUGUAUCCGUUCACAAUGAGAAUCUAUUCACCCAUUUUCCUUCAUAUAAACACGUCUAUAUUCCGCCUUCUCGUUCUCCCUAUCUCCGCAACUUUUUCUAAUAUUCCUGUCAUUUUUCAUACCGAAGUCAGCCAUUUUGCUCUCGACUCAACCGCCACAUCGUCCAGGCCAAUGUUCAUUCCAUUCUCGACCUUUUUCCCUGCCUCUGCCGACGCCAUUUUAUCGCCCGUUACUGACAUUUUUUCGCUUCGCUUUUCUAAUGUGCCUGUCUCUUUUGUUCUCUCAAUCUCUUUCUUCUUAUUCGUCUCUAUAUUUCACACUUUAACACACUCUUUUUAUUCCUUGUACUUUCUUUCACCUUCAUUUGUUUUUAUUAAUUUCGCCUAUUUGCUUUUCUUUCCUGCAUAUAUAUUUUCGAUAUUGCAUUUUCAUUAUUCCUAUUUUUUUCUUUUGUUAUGUUCCUUUAUUUCUUCUUUCUUACCUUUUAUAUCCUUCUUUCUCUCUCUCUCUCUCUCUCUCUCUCUCUCUCUCUCUCUCCUUAUUUUGCUUUUUCCUUUUUUUUGUCCCUUCUUCUUUUUAUCGUUUUUCGUAUUAAAUGUUUAUUUUCCAUCUCUGCUUUAUCUGAAAUCUUUUUUCUUUCUACUUAUUCAUCGAAGAGUCUUCCUCACUUCUUACUUUUUCGUUUAUUUUUCAUGGUUUUUCCUUUUUCGUUUAGUACGUGUUUUAUAUCACUUUUUCCUUGUUCUUUUACACUACGUCUCUCUGCAAUCUCUGUUUUUCAUUUGUUUUUUCAUAUUCUUUCUUUCACCAUCUUUCACAUACGUCGCUUGUACUUCCCUUAUCAAUAUUUCUUUCUUCUUCCUUUUUCUAUAUUUUAAUCCUACAUCUAAUAUUCUUUUAUUUAUCUAUCUGGAAUAA